AUGAGAAUUAGGUUAUGGGGAAAUAUGUCAAGUGUGAUGAUACUAUUAAUAUUUUUACAUUUUUUACAAGGAAUUUAUGGGAUUAGAUUUGUAAUUGACAAAGAAGAAUGUUUGUCUCAUAAUGUUCAUCUUGAAGGUGAUACAAUUCAUGUAUCUUUUGUUGUCAUUAAAGCUGAUACUCCUUGGCAUUCUUCUAAUGAGGGUGGUGUUGAUCUUAUGAUAAAAGGGCCAUCAGGUGAGCUAAUUCAUGGCUUCCGCGAUAAGACUAGUGAGAAAUACGAGUUUGUUGCUUACAAGAAGGGUAUUUACCAGUUCUGUUUCACGAACAAGUCUCCGUAUCAUGAAACCUUAGAUUUCGAUGUGCAAGUUGUACAUUACGCAUACUAUGAUCAGCACGCGAAGAAUGAGCACUUUGAUCCAUUGCUGGACCAUAUAUCAAAGUUAGAAGCAGCUCUUUACAACAUACAGUUUGAACAACAUUGGCUCGAAGCACAGACUGCUCGUCAGGCAUCACUGAAUGAAGAUAUGAGCCAAAGAGCAAUCACAAAGGCACUUCUUGAAUCAGUAACUCUUAUUGGUGUUUGCUUCCUUCAAGUCUUCCUCCUACAACGUCUUUUCGAGAAUAAACUUCAGAAGGUUAGAGUCUAGACUGUCCUGCUGGAACUAGCCAUCAGACAUGUCGGAAGUUCACAGUUAAUCAGUUAAAAAACGCGUUUAAAAACCAAAAUAAUCUGUUUUUCUUGUAGUGAAACAGUGAGAUGUUAAUUUCACAGAGGAAAUUAUACACUACGGUUUCAACUUUAAGGUUCUCAGCAUUAAACUCGUUGUAUUUCACAGAAUUAUGAGUUCAAAACUUAUGCUCGA